AUACGGAAGCGGUCCUUGUUGGUGUGCCAGUCAGCAAACGAGGGUUGCCACCACAGCAACCAUGAUGUCCAAGGAGGACGACGAUGCUUUCGAAGCCGGAUUAAGUAAGGUGGACGAAGUGAUGAGAAUUCUCGGGUUAAUGACCAGUGGUGAUAAGACCAAGGAGCAGAUGGGUGUAGCGUUUGCCGAUCAAUUUCUAGGCACCGACAGUGCUACCAAGCGAAAGGAAGAAACGAAUGUGGAAAAUUUCAUCGUACGCGUUAAUCAGGAGCGAACGGUCAUCAAUCGGAAGGCGGUAGUGGCCGCUGAUGAUCCAUCGCUCGAGCAACCGAUGCAGGAUAAGUAUGCGUUUAUGGCCGAAAUCGAACGUGACGCUGCGCGCCGAGCAACAGAACGGAAGGAGCGAGAGCAAGUGGCACAAGGGUUGCGACGCUCCGGCAACCGUGCGUUCCGGCGAGGCGAAUACGAAAAGGCAAUCAACAUGUACUCGAAAGCGAUCGAUCAGAUCCGUGACAGUCCAAUCCUGUACAACAACCGUGCCCUAGCUUACAUCCGGCUCGAGCUGUACAAGCGUGCGAUCAUCGAUUGUGAUUUCGUGAUUAGUAAGCUGGACGAGAAGAACCUGCGCUCGUGGAUAUUCCGGGCGCAGGGCUACUACCGGCUCGGGGAGAUGAAAGCGUACGAGAAGAGUGUGGCCGAAGCGCGGAAACACAAUCCACGAGAGCUAAGCUACAUCGAUCGGAUCGUACGAGAAAUCGAAGGAAAGACCGCAGCACCGGUAGCGACGGUGAGCGAGGAUCAGGAAGGAAUGACGCCGCUAGAUGGAGAGCUAGAUUCUUCUGCGGUUUCCCUGGCUAGUGGUGAAGGAGACCAUCGCUUCGCGAAACCUCUCCCGAUGGAUGACGUUCAGUCGACAUCAUCGGGCGAUAAUUCGGAGACAUAA